AUGAUAUUUUAUUAUGCUGAUAAAUAUGUUGUGAAAAAAUUCCGUGGCUCUAAGUGUUCAACCUACAAUAACGUAAAUAUUGUCUUAGGUGGUAUCACAAGACUAACUGAAUCUGGUUUAUCUAUGGUAACAUGGAAAUUUUUGGGAGAAAAAAUACCGAGUAACGAACAAUCAUGGCUUAUCGAAUUUGAUAAAUACAAACAAUUUCCUGAGUUUCAGAUUUUAAACAGAGAUAUAACAAUUGAGGAGUUUAAACGAAUUUGGUCAAUGGAGUACGUACACAGGAUGUGGGGUCGCUUAUUUGGCAUGAUAUUUAUCGUACCUGCUAGUAUUUUCUGGUUAAAUAAUAUGUUAGAACCACUGAUUAGGAGGAGGAUAAUUGUAUUAGGGUCUUUAAUUCUCUGCCAGGGGCUUAUGGGAUGGUAUAUGGUCAAGUCAGGCUUAGUAAAUAAAUUUGAUGGUCCUUCAGAUGUACCUCGUGUAUCACAAUACAGAUUAGCAGCUCAUCUUAGCUUGGCGUUCCUCAUUUACAGUGGAUUUUUUUAUACUGCUUUAGAUUACCUGAGACCUGUGCACGGCAGUAUUCCUAGUUACUCAUUGUUGGUAAGCUCUUCUCAUCUGAAGCAGCUUAAAAAAUUGAAAUUUGCCUGUAGCUUGAUAGCAGGUUUGACGUUUCUUACAGCAGUAUCUGGUGCUUUUGUAGCUGGUUUAGAUGCUGGACUUAUAUACAACACUUUUCCAAAAAUGUGCGAUAAAUGGAUACCAGAUGAUAUCUUUUACAUGACACCAGCUUUAAAAAAUUUCACAGAAAAUCCUGCAACUGCACAAUUCGACCACAGAUUACUUGGGCUCUCAACCUUGGCUGUUUCUACUUACAUAGGUAUAAUGUCCAGAACGUGUCAGCUGUCUACUCGAGCUUUUAUAGCAGGUGCAACAGUUUUUGCAAUGGCAUACUUACAAGCAGCAAUGGGUAUUCUUACACUACUGUACCAUGUACCAAUGAAAAUAGCAGCAGCACAUCAAUCUGGCAGUCUCUUACUGAUGACAACAAUAAUGUGGUUUUAUCAUGAAUUAAGGCACCUAAAAAAGUUACCAAAAUAAUUAGAAGAAAAGUUAGAAUAAGUUAUAUUUUAACAUCAUAAAAUUGACUUAAAAUGUAUUAGGCUUGCAAAACUUAUGUAAUUUUAUAAAAUAAACUUUCAAAACAGUGAACACAUAUAAAA